CGAUCCUUCUCUUCAUUUUUAGCGAAUUGGAACCCACGGCGUCGAUUUUCCUACCCGAUCCCCAAAUCGAGACGGCCUUCUUCCGAUCGAUGAACGCCGCGGUGGUCUCUUCCUCCGAUCUCCCGCCGCUGCCGGCGGCCGCGUCCCGCCUCGCCCCCGGCUUCCGAUUCCACCCCACCGAUGACGAGCUCGUCUCCUACUACCUCAAGCGCAAGGUCCGCGGCCUGCCGCUCCGCGUGGAUGCCGUCGCGGAGGUCGACCUCUACAGGUGCGAACCCUGGGAGCUCCCGGGACUCUCCCGGAUCCGCAGCCGCGACCAGGAGUGGUACUUCUUCAGCUCCCUUGGCCGAAAGUAUUCCAACCAGUCGCGGACCAACCGCGCUACCCUUCAGGGGUACUGGAAGACCACAGGUAAGGACCGGCCCGUCCGCCGCGGUCCUCGCGUGGUCGGCGUAAAGAAGACUCUUGUUUUCCAUGCCGGCCGGGCGCCCCGAGGCACCAGGACCAACUGGGUUAUGCACGAGUACCGUCUCGAAGACGAGGAGUUGACCAAGUCUGGAAUUUCUCAGGAUGCUUAUGUGCUCUGCAGGGUCUUUCAAAAGAGCGGUUCCGGACCAAUGAACGGGGCUCAAUAUGGAGCACCUUUUCUCGAAGAAGAAUGGGAAGAGGAGGCAGAUAGUGUAGUUUUGUUGCCAGAUGGUGGGGAUUAUAUAGCCACAGAACAGGAAUACUUUGAGAUCAGCGAUUUCGUGCAGAGUGAUGACUUGAAAAAUCAGCAGGAGAAUGGUUCUAACUUUUCAGCAUCUUUGGACACAAAGGAGUGUGGCAGCCUUGCUGAAGAUGUGACCAAUUUAUCAAAUGAAGCAAUUGAAGAUGCCAGUUUCACCAACUUGGCUGACAAACAUAGACAGCAGAGUGUAGCUGUUGUUGUUGAUGAAAUAGAGAAACAACAUUCAUUCAGUGAUUGCGGUCAUAACCAUAACAAUCCAAAUGUAAAGGAAGAAUAUGCAGAGUUGAGUGAUCUUGCAGAUACCGUAACUGUUGCAAAUCCUUCCUAUCAGGAAUCUGAUAGUUAUCCUAUGAAGUCUUGCCACGCACAGAACAUGGAGGGGAUCAAUGAGGAUAUCAAUUUAGAGAAAGUGCUUGACGUUGAGGAAUUCUUUGACUCCAUGAGCGAAGAUGCUGACCAUCCAGAAGAACAACAAAUCUCCUUGUUGGAGGAUAAUAUCUAUGUUCCACCAAACGAUUUAGAUUCAGUAGAUGAUCAUUGCCCUUCUGAUCAAGACAAAAUGGCAUUGUGUGAGGCACCUAGUAAUAAUCUAUUCCCGCAUGAAAAUACAGAACUGAAUGGAUUUCUCUACUCACCGACCUUAGAACCAUCUGGUUUUGAGAUGUUUGACGAUCUGUUAGCAUACUUUGAUGCAACUAAUGAUAAUUUGCAUUAUUGCACUAGGGACUCAGAGUGCAUUAGUCCACCAGAAGCAUUUGACUUUGUUGGAGAGGUUGGCUGCUCAACCAAUGAGGCAACAAAAAUGGUGCCAGACACAACUAUCAUUGAUGGAGCCUCCUCAUCCUCAGGUUCUUCUGUUGUUCAUGAUCAAUCUGGGGACGAAUAUAAGGGGAUUGUCAUAGAGCCAAAACCAGAUGACCACGCCAAAGAACCUAACAAAGACUCUGCAAAGAAGCGUCUCAAGAGCAUGCUAGACGCAAUCUCUGCGCCCGUUCCAUUUUCUGAGUUCCCUCUGUCUGGAAAGCUGUCUGCCACACACUCAGCCAGUCCAAUCCACGUCACAGCAGGGAUCAUCCACAUCUACGGUUCAACCAUGCCAGGAGAGGCUGCCCACUGGCCCUCGCAGAAGAACAGACAUGCGCAUCUCAUCGUCUCCUACAGCGUGUCUGACAAUUUGGCUUCAAAAACUGCAGGCCAUGAUCUGGUGACAAAAUACCAGGUUAAUCCGGUAUUGAUGGCAUUCAGAGGUGGCCUAUACUUGUUCUUUUUUUCGUGGUUAAUUCUAGCAAUCACCUAUGGUGUGGGGAUGAGAUGUAUGACGAGGAAGUUGGUUCUAUAGACUGAUUCACACUCGACCACAAGGGCACUGAAGAAAACUAUGGAUUGUAGCUGGUUCAUCAUUGCAAACGCCUAUUCAAGAACACAUGGUAGCUGACAUACUACAUUUCGUUGUUCCCGCUGCUUGUGCUUUUAUAUUUUCGCUGGGGUUUUAGUAUAUCAAACAUUGAUGAAUAAAUCCUAGCAUAAAGGUUGUGUUUUUAAGACCUUUGCCAACCUAUUGAAUCAGUAUAUUGGUUAGGGCCGGAAA